AUGGGGGAGGAGGCGGCGGGGGUGCGGCCCGAGCUGGUGCGGGAGGCGGAGGUCAGCCUGCUGGAGUGCAAGGUGUGCUUCGAGAGGUUCGGCCACCGGCAGCAGCGGCGCCCGCGCAACCUGCCCUGCGGCCACGUGGUCUGCUUGGCCUGCGUCGCCGCCCUCGCGCACCCGCGGACGCUGGCCCUCGAGUGUCCCUUCUGCCGGCGGGCCUGCCGGGCCUGUGACACCAGCGAUUGCCUGCCGGUGCUGCACCUUCUGGAGCUCCUGGGCUCUACCCUCCACGCGAACCCCGCUGCCCUCAGUGCUGCCGCACCCUGUGCGCCUGGGGCUCUCACCUGCUACCACGCCUUUGGCGGGUGGGGGACCCUAGUGAACCCCACAGGGCUUGCACUGUGCCCCAAGACCGGACGGGUAGUGGUCGUGCACGACGGUAAGAGACGAGUCAAGAUCUUUGACUCCGGAGGAGGGGGCGCACACCAGUUUGGAGAGAAGGGGGACGCAGCGCACGACGUCAAGUACCCACUGGAUGUCGCCGUCACCAACGACUGCCAUGUGGUUGUCACCGACGCUGGCGACUGCUCCCUUAAAGUGUUUGAUUUCUUUGGCCAGAUCAAACUGGUUGUGGGAAAGCAAUUUGCUCUGCCUUGGGGUGUGGAGAUCACCCCUCACAAUGGGGUCCUGGUGACUGACGCAGAGGCAGGGACUUUGCACCUGCUGGAAGUGGAUUUCCCUGAAGGAGUCCUUCGGAGAAUUGAGAGGUUGCAAGCUCACCUGUGCAACCCCCGUGGGGUGGCUGUGUCGUGGCUCACCGGGGCCAUCGCGGUCCUAGAGCAUCCUUGUGCCUUUGGGACGGCAAGCUGUAGCAACACAAGGGUGAAGGUGUUCAGCUCCACCAUGCAGCUGAUUGGCCAGGUGGAUAGCUUCGGGCUGAACCUCCUCUUCCCCUCCAAAAUAACCGCCUCAGCUGUCACCUUUGAUCACCAAGGAAACGUGAUUGUUGCUGAUACCUCUGGUCCAGCCAUCGUGUGCUUGGGGAAACCUGAGGAGUUUCCAGCCCUGAAGCCUAUGGUUACUCAUGGCCUUUCCCGUCCUGUGGCACUGGUCUUCAACAAGGAGAAUUCUCUUCUUGUGCUGGAUACUGCAUCUCAUUCUAUAAAAGUCUAUAAAGUGAUGGAGGGUAAUGGAGGGUGACGGGGAUCCUGACGCCUGGAGUCAGAAAUCCUGGUGUCUUAGGAGUGAGUCAGUAUCACUUACCCAUGCAGGCAGGGGGAAUGGUAACUGCCUGGCAAAAGCAGUUAUUAAAGACUUCUAGUUACAUUUGUCAUUCGGUGAACGCCUAUUCCCGCGUUAGGAAAUUUGCAGAUCUUAGCCCGUUUGUUCCUUAACACACAGUGAUGUUAAUUCCUGUUAUCAGUCUGUCUCGGAGAUGAGAAAACAGACCCAGAGUAUUCACCAUGGUCUCUUUAGAGUUGUAUUAACUGGGACAGUUGAAUUCAAUUCUGGCUCUAAACCACUUGCUUUUAAAUAAGAUGCCAGAUGUCA